AUGCGUCCUCCAAGAGGCGGCGGUGGGUUUAGGGGCAGCCGCGGUGGUGGCGGCGGCUUUAGAGGCGGCCGCGGAGGAGGGUGGGCCGUGGUGGAGGUGGACGUGGCUACCGCGAUGAGGGUCCUCCUUCUGAAGUCGUUUUCCCUGAAGGUUUCAACUUUGUUUUUAUCAUAUAUUUUGGUUUUAUGGCUGUCAAAGGUUUCGACAUUUCUUCAUGCGUGUGAAGGUGACGCAGUCACAAAGCUCACAAAUGCGAAGAAGGUGCCCUAUUUUAAUGCCCCUAUCUAUCUGCAGAACAUGACUCAGAUAGGGAAGGUUGAUGAAAUAUUUGGUCCAAUCAAUGAAUCUUUAUUCUCGAUUAAAGUGAUGGAAGGCAUUGUGGCAACUUCAUAUUCACAGGGCGAUAAGUUCUAUAUUGACCCAGCAAAGCUUCUUCCUCUUGAAAGAUUUCUUCCACAGCCAAAGGGACAGAAACCAGCUUUUUCUCGAGGUGGAGGCCGUGGUGGAGGCAGAGGUGGUAGUUUUCGUGGUGGUGGCCGUGGAGGUGGUGGUUUUCGUGGAAGGGGUGCACCAAGGGGCGGCAGAGGCCCCCCAAGGGGUGGUAGCCGUGGUGGUGGCUUCAGGGGCAGAGGGAGAUUUUAG